CCGCACAAGCCACAACGUCCACCAGCAGCAAUCACCUUCGAGACGAAGUCUGAGCUGCGAGAAAGCCAUUUUGCUCAGUUGCAAAGACAGCUGCGAGAGCACGGCGUCAGUCUGAGGCAUCAUCAUCCCGACGUCUACACUAGAGUUCUGGAGCACGUGAAAACCGGCUGUCAGUUACAGCCGAUUUCGUUUGUCUUUCACGACUUCAAGUUGAAACGUAGCAUGCUCUGUCGUCUACAAUCCAUUUCUGAGGUCUACAUCACGCCAUAUUCAGGGCAAGAAAUUAAUAGAGGCUCCAGCAACGAUGUUCCGCAAAAUCUGGAACAACAUCGACCCGCUCACUUUCCCGAGCCGAGUGAUUCGCGCCAAGAAAAAGAAAUCCCGUCAAAGGAGGCCUGGCGACGAAACAAAACCAACAAGGCAUCCGUAACACUGCGAGCUCAAUAUCAGACUUUUACGCAGGACCAGACGUCAACAACCGUUCAGCCCAACGCCUCUGAGAUGGCUCGCCUCUCUGUCAAUCAGUCUACCCUUCGAAUGGCCAGAACUACGGAAACCGAGCUGUGA